AUGCUAGACAUGGAAGAAUUCAAGCAAUGGAAGGAGCAAAAGGAGAUUAAGAGACGUGAGGAACAGCAGAGGCAGGAGAGAGAGCGGCAGCACGAAAAGAACAUUACCCUCGCCGGUGGUGCGGUGAGGAAGGGAAGACCUCCCACCACCGGCCACUAUGUUGGCAGGCGGAGAACAGCAGCACAGAGAGCCACUGCGAGAAAUGUGCCUGCUGUCCCUAUAGAUACAGCAGAACCAAGGGAAGCAUCUGGCCCUGCCGCUGCCCCAGCAAGACAAGCACCGAGGGCAGCGGUUCCUGCACCUAUUGCCCCUCAGCGGGCUACAGCAACAGCAGCAAGCAUACAGAAGACAUCAAGCACCGGUAAACGUUCUGCCAACAAGGAGACAGUUGACGAAGCUCCACCGGUACACCGCAAGCCUCCACGCAAGAAACCAAUGGUCCAGGACUGUGUUACAGCAGAGGAUGAUGAUACCUCUUCUUCUUCUUAUGUCUCCGCUGAAGGUUCAAUUAGCGUGGGCACAGUGACUAAGGCCGCAACAUCUUCGGUGGGGGUGCCGGUGUCAGCUAGGCCACCCAUCCCUGUUGGGGCUGCAGUUUCCGUGGCUCAACCUGCUGCUGCACCUCAACUUGAGCGAGUUCCUGCCAAUGUUAUGACUAUCGGUGCUCCCCGUGUGGAUGAUGAUGCCGCACCGCUGUCCCCGUCGGCACAUAACCUUGUACAUCGUCUGAACUUACCAAGAAAGCAAGUGAUGUUGCCACCUCCAAAACCUCCUUCCGCUGCUGCCCCCUAUGGUGUCAAGACGCUUGAGAUUUACUCCGUACUGGUGGACAAAAAGCACGUCCAUUACCAAUUCACACUCGACUAUGAAGAGUUCCGCAAGAGAUGGAAGGGGAAGGAUGUAUGGUACCGCUUCCCAGGUAAGGGAAAACAGCAGAUACUGUUGGAUGACGAAAAGCGAUACCAUCAGUUCCUGACCAGGGUCAAGGAGAAUAACGAGGCCCCAACCAUGUGGGAGCAUUCUGAUGCUGACUUCCAUGAUGAUGAUGAUGAUGCCAGUUUCUAUUCAAAGCCACCACCACCACCACCACCACCACCACCACCACCACAGCCAUCAGUACUGGCCUCAACAGUUCCACUGAUACCUACUACUAGAAGGGUUAGCUUUGAUUCUUCUGUGACUAAAGAGAAAGAGGUCGGGAACAAUAAUGCCAUUCGUACACGAGCAGCUCGUACGGGGUCUCAACGCACCAAUGCUUCUGAUGUCACGACUACAGAGGCAGUGCUUAGUGACAAAGAGGUUGGGGUUGAGCCCGAGCCUCCAAAGAAACGGGGACCUGGAAGACCCAAGGGUUCGCUGAAUAAGAAGAAGAGCGAGACCGAGAAGCCCAAGAGGACAUAUGUUCGCAAGGUAGCCGGGACUGUUAAAGAGAAGACACCGGCCAAGGAGAAGGCAAAGAAAAGUACAAUGAGAACUCGGAGUCAAGAUGCGAUACAGAAAGAGAUUAUGAGUGGUGUCAUGAACCAGAACCAGUCAGAUGAGGUUAGAAGCUCUACUACUACCGGUGAAUGUGAUGAUACCUAUUUGCCUGUUCGUCCAUGGAGGACAUGA